AUGGGGAAAAAGAAGGUGAAGUGCCAGGCGCCAACGCUGGCCACCCAGACUAGCGGUCCUCUGGGUCGCUUGUCGUCUCCUGCAGAGCACCCCAGGUUCUGGCGACUUAAAACAGCCAUCGUGUCGAGCAAAAAAGCAAAGACCAAGACCACCAAGAAGCGCGCCCAGCACGCAACGUCCAAUGUGUUCGCGAUGUUUGACCAGUCUCUGAUUCAGGAGUUCAAAGAGGCCUUAAACAUGAUUGAUCAGAACAGAGAUGGUCCCAUUGACAAGGAAGAUUUGCGUGAUAUGCUUUCUUCACUACAGAAAAAUCCAGCUGAUGCACACCUCGAUGCCAUGAUGAAUGAGGAUCCCAGACCCAUAAAUUUCACUAUGUUCCUCACAAUGUCCGGGGAGAAGUUAAAUGGCACAGAUCCAGAAGAUGUCAUCAGAAACGCUUUUGCUUGCUUUGAUGAAGAAGCAACUGGAACCAUCCAAGAAGAUUACCUGAGAGAACUGCUGACCACAGUGGGAGAUCGGUUCACAGAUGAGGAAGUGGAUGUACAGAGAACAGAGAACCACCAAUAG